AUUUAAUCAAAGUAAAAUUAUUUUAUAUAAAACUGAAUGUUUUGUUUCGAUAUUGAAAACUAUCGAAUCGAAGGGCCGUGGUGUUCUACACCCCUGAAAGAUAGUCAGUUGUUCAUGAUAAAAUCGUGGUCUAUUUUGGGCCUGCGUUGUUUAUUUAUGUGAUAAUGUUUUAGGGAAUGUUUUGUUCAAUUCAAUACUUUUCUUGUUUUAAUUUAAGUUACUUCAUGCUUCUUAUUUGGAAAUACAAUACUUCUGUUGAGUAAUGCUAGACGAAUGGAAUAAUGAAUACUACUAAACUUUUAAGUUUACUUAUUUUAAGCUUUUCAUCGGUUGUAUUAAGUGAAGAUGAUUUUCAUAUUGAGCAAUUUAAAAGCCAACAUCUUCAACGCUUAUGGGGCAUUCCUGAUACCACUACUGAAAUAGGUCAUUUAUUUCAUUAUGAGAUUCCAAAAAAUGCUUUUUAUGGAAAUGUAGCUAGAUUUAAGGCUUACAGUGAUGAUGGAUCUCUCCUUCCCAAUUGGUUGAUAUUUCGAGAAAAAACAGGUGUCAUGGAAGGUGUUCCUACUAAUGAAGAUCUUGGUGAACAUUACAUCAUGGUUAAAGCGUUUGAUGAAGACUUUCAUGGUUUUGUAAAAGAUGUAUUUGCUCUUGAGGUUUUAUCAAAAGCUGAUUUUCGUCAUAGGAUCAAUAAUAAUUGUAAUGAAAAGAUGUUAUUUUCAAUUAUAUUGGAUGCUGAUGAUGAAAUAUUAACUCCUUUGAAAAGGAUUAAUUUAAUCAAAGCACUUUCAGAACAUUUUAAAAUUAUUGCUGACAGUAUCUAUUUGGCUUCUUUGAAAGGGAAAGAUAAAUUAUUAAACUCUGAUAUUCUCAAUGCUGGUCCAGGUGAUGUAAAAAAAAUAAAAUUAAACUCCUCUUCAUCACUAAAUUUCGAGGUUGGCUGUGAUGAUAACAUUUGGAGCAAGUAUAUUGUGUUAUUAGAUGAAAUUUCCACAAGUUCCUUAAAUGGGUCAUUGGCUGAAAUUUUGAAGGAACCUGUAAUUGGAUGGAAACUCUGGAAGGAAAAAAAAACUUUUUAUCGAUCUAAAAGAGAGAUAAACAACUUGAUCCAGCAAAUUGAUGGAAAUGAAGAGUUUGAUACCGGCAUUCCAGAUCAUCGACCUGUUGUUCAAAAUUUUGCCACUCCUAAAUUUACUCCUGAUCCUUCUGAAACAACUACGACUGAAGUAACUUAUCACCACCAUAGACAUAAUCAUGGUCUGCAUCCUCAUUCUCAUAAUACUGCAAUGGAUUCUAACAUGAUGCCUACACCAACCUAUAUUCCUAACAGACCAUCAAGUAUUACACUUGAGGAAUAUGAACGGAAUAAUUCUCCAUCAGUACCUUAUGAUGAAAUAACAUCAUCUAGUGAUAUUAUUCUGGAGCCAGAACAAAAAAAUGAUAAAGACGUUACAGAUUCAUUUACAAGUAGUAGCCCCACUCCGCCCCUUUCAAAUUUGCCUGCUUUAGAGGAACCUACUCCAUCUUCUUAUGAUCCUAAAAAUUCUCCUCCUGUAAUUGUUCACAGACUCCAAAAAAUUGCAGUUACAGCAGGAAAAGUUCUAAGGCACAAAAUCCCUUCUGAUACAUUUUCUGAUGCGGAAGACGGUGAUACUAGGAAGUUGAAAUUAAAGCUUCGGAUGGGUGGUUCUGAAAUUCCUCCUGAUUAUUGGAUACAGUUGGAUGAACAGUUACAAGAAUUAUAUGCAUUACCACUUGAAGAUCAUAUUUCCAAAUGGACAUUCGAUUUGAUAGCAUAUGAUUCUGGUGGUUUGAUGGUAGAAGACAAUAUAGAAGUUCGUGUUCAAGACCACAAAGGAAGAAGGGCUGUGAACCAUGCUAUUACAAUGGAGUUGUUAACUGUACCAUCUGGCAUUAGCUUAGACUGGGAAUUAAAACUCUUAGAUGCUAUUCGUAAAAAGUUAGAUGAUCAAGACACUUCCAAUAUAACAGUUCUUGAUGUCAGCACUUCACAGCCAUAUAGUUUCACCUGGUCCAAUGACUCCCUUCCACGAAACGAGUGUCCAUUAAGUGAAAUUAAUUUCCUUUUUAAGACUUUAACAAAUGAUGGCGGCCUGAAAAAUUCGGAAGUGUUCCCGGGGCUAAGUAUUGGCAAUAUUUCAUAUAUUGGAAAAGGAUUGUGUGAAUCAAAGCCACCAGAUGUUUCUUCAAAAAAUAAUUCUGCUCCUAUUGCAAGAAAUCCAGUUGAUUACCUAAAUGCUACUGUUGGACAACUUUUAGUUUUUACUGUACCUUCGGAUUCAUUUUUUGAUCAUCAAGAUGGAAAUUCUAGAAAUUUAAAUUUAUCUCUUGAAAUGAAAGAUGGAAAACAAAUUCCAGAUAAUAAUUGGUUACAGUUUGAUGCAAAAAAUCAAGAAUUUUAUGGUAUUCCUAUGUCUCCAGAUGUUGGGCAAAGAGAGUAUUUGUUGAUUUGUCAAGAUAAAGGAGGACUUGUUGCUAGAGAUGGUCUUGUAGUAAUUGUUCAUCCUGCUCCUCGAGUAAUGUACAAUGUAGAAUUCAGCAUGAAACUGGGUUUGAAUUAUAAAAAAUUUAUAGAAAGCCCAUCAUUGCAAAGAUCAUUUGUUGAAAAAUUAGCUCGGCUUUUUGGUGACCCAGACACCAGUGCUGUAGUUUUAAGUGGUUUUUCUCCUGGGUCUACAAUUAUAACAUGGCAUAAUAAAACCUUACCUACAAAUAUUUGCCCAGAUAAUAAAAUAAAACAGCUUAGACAGAUUAUUCUUGGCGAUGAUGAACGCUUGACAACCAAUGUAGCCCGUGUUAUGGGAGAGGAAUUUCCUGUGCAAAGUGCUCGGUUAACGCCAACUGGUCUUUGCCAAGGAGCAUUGAUCGAAAUUCCUGCAGGUGGUGGUGAAAUAUUGACUAAUAAUGAUGUUACUGCAGUUUCUCAUAAUGAACAUUUUAUAAUUGGUCUUAUUGUACCUGCUGUUGUUAUAACUGUAAUGCUACUCUGUGCUGGAAUAAUUGCAUGCAUAUUAUAUCGAAGGAGGAGGACAGGAAAAAUGUCAGUUGGGGAUGAAGAUGAGCGUCAAACAUUUCGUAGCAAAGGCAUUCCUGUAAUAUUUCAAGAUGAAUUAGAUGAACGACCAGAACCUACAAAUAAAAGCCCAGUUAUAAUGAAAGAAGAAAAACCACCUUUACCACCUCCUGAAUAUCAGAGAGGUCCACCAUUGGCUACAACUGCUCUUUUAUCUGAUACAGAGGAUUCACCAUAUCAGCCUCCACCUCCUUUUACGGCCAGUAGAGAUUCAGCUAGACCCAAACCAACUCCUACCUAUCGUAUGCCACCUCCUUAUGUCCCUCCUUAGUUUUAAAUUUUAACUCUCCCUAUUUAGGGUUUUAUUAAUUUUUUAAACAAGUUAUAUGGCUUUUUAUUUAAUUGACAACCGUAUGUGAAAACCAAUUAGAUUAUUAAUGUCUCUAAUGAUUAUUAAUGGAAGGUAUUUUGGACUAUCUAUAUACAUAUGUGUAUAUAACAAAUAUGUAUAUAUACCUUUUUUUCUUUAACUAAUCUUCACUUUUAAAUUUUAACCUAUCAAUGUCUUGAAUUUUUUUUAAUUAUUAAAAAAUAAACAAAUAAUUGCACAUUUUUAUUUAAUUCUUUUUUAUAAGUAAAAAGUGCAAUACAUUAGGAGUUAAGCCAAGUAAUACUAAAAUUAUGCAACUGAAUUCCUAGAAUGCCUGUAUGAUAUUGUAAUUGUAAAGUUAGGUUAAAAAAAGUACUAAUUAAUAUUUGUUGUUGUGUUCAUUUAGCUUGAACUUCUUAAAGUGUGACACUGACAUUCACCCUUAGAUUACUCAGUAUUACAGGAAGUUCAAAUUAUAUAUAGUAAUAAGGAGUAAUCCUUCUGCAUGUUUAUGUAGUUAAUGAAUAUUUAUUAGAUUUGAACCAUGCCCCUUUUUCAAUCAUUUGUAUAAUUAAUAUGAUCUAGAAACUACUAUAUUUGACUUAUAUAAAUAUAUUUAACAUAUAUUUAUAUGUGUGUAAAGUGGAACUUACUGGAAAAUAUAUGUGUUUUUAGCAUGUUUGUAUAUAUAAAAACACACUCAGUAAUAUAAAUGUGUGUUUAAUUUAAGUGUUUUUCAAGAGACUGAUUUAAAUACUUUAAUAUUUGCAAAAACUAUAUUAUCUAUUUCAGCAAGUAUCAAUUUUUUAUUUAUUACUUUUUAAAAAACUUUAACUCUUGCUUUAUUAAUGUAAAUACUUAUAAGUUAUUUCAAUAAAAUUUCUUUUUUAUUGUC